UUUGAUGAGUUAGGCAUGGAAAUUGGUGAAGGACAAGGCGUGCUUGCAGGAUAUUGUGGUACAUUGGCAAUUGAUUGUAAUUUGUUUCCAAUUAAUUUUGAAAGAUGGUCUGGGAAAAUAGGCAUGCCUGACACUUACUUCUUGGAAUGCUUUAAGGAAAUAUUACAGCCUCGAUUUUGUUUUAAGAUUGGUGAAGCUAGUGCACAACGGUAUUGCAAACUAACUCUUGGUAGGAAGUGGGUUGCACAUAGGCAGAACUUAUGCAAUGAGUUCUAUGAUCCAACGAAAAGCAAAAAGGAAAUCAUAAGUAAUGUGCCAAAUGGUAUAGACAGAACUCAAUGGGCUCAUUUUGUUACUUAUCGUCUAAAACCGGAAACAUUGGAGAUUUGUAAAAAAAAUAGAGAAAAUCGUAAAAGCAAGUAAUUCCUCAUACCGGUGGUUCUAAACCUAUGUCAAGAAGAAGACAUGAGAUGGUAAUGAUAUUAGUUAACAUGACACUUUACUAUUUUUUAAUUUUUACUAUUUAACUUAACUUCUCUUUUUAUUUAGUUUU